CGGAUAUCGUCAACCGCCGGUGGUGUGGCGCCAUUGCUUAUCUUGCAUCAAACAGAAAAGACGAUUAAUACAAAAUGGCCAUAGCUGCUUGCAGGGUUUUUGGUUAUCACCCUUCAUACAUUGGCGAUCCUCCCGUAGUUAUCAGGGGUUCCAAAUUAAAGUUCCAGCAAAACGAAAGAAAUGGAACAAAUGGACGAUAUAGAGCGAGUCUCAUCAUGAAUCCAGAAUCUUUCGAAGUCGGUAGGCUAAUUGGAAGCUAUGGCUUCAUGAACGUCACUAGUUAUUCAGGUCUUCAAUCUCGGCCUGAUUUUGGAAGUUCAUCACAAUCAGAAGACGUUGGGGGAUUGAAGUUUCAGGAUGUUAGAGAAGGCGAUGUACAAAUCAGGCUUUACGAAGGACGAGUAACUCAGGGCCCACGUCGGGGCACUCCAAUCAUCUUUAAGGUUUAUCCGGGGAAACAAGUAGGCGGUCUUGAGGCUGAUAUGAUGGCCUCAAAUGAGCUGAAGAGUCAUGCUUUCCUUCAAAGCUGUUCAGAAACUAUUUGCCAAAAUAUCCAAAUUUUGUUAGGGGGUUUUGAGACGAAAACAGGAGAGCAGUGGCUUGCAUUUCGCGAUGAUGGCAAAUAUUGUGCUGCAGACUAUGCUAAAUCUUCAUGUGAGAGACUUUCCAAGAACCGGGCUCUUGGAGAAGACAAGUUCUGGAAUCCCUUUGAAGAAGAACAGUAUAUUAAACGCAAAAGAUCUUUUAUUAUUAAGCUGCUUCAGGGUGCUUUAUGUGGCUUGGCCUAUAUGCAUGACAAUGAAAGGUUGCAUCAGAGUCUUGGUCCAGCUUCAGUUGUUUUAAAUACAUUGGCAGAUAAAGAUGUCAAUUAUCUUGUUCCGAGGCUCCGUGAUCUUGCCUUCUCAGUUGAUAUACGGUUUUCAAGUUUAGAGGAAAGUUCAAGUGGAUUAUCUGAAGGUCUUUGGAGACGAGCAAGAUCAGCCGGGGCAUUCACUCCUAUGGAGAAAAGAGCUUUUGGAAUUGCGGAUGAUAUUUAUGGAGCUGGUCUUCUUUUCGCGUACUUGGCUUUUGUUCCAUUUUGUGAAGCAGGAAUUGUGGACAGCCUUUCAUUGCAGAGGCUUCUAGAAAGCACUUUCAAGCUUGAUCUUGGAGCUACUAGAGAGUACUGCGCAGCCGAUGAUCGAUUUUUAGAGGCUGUGAAGUUUUUGGAUAUGGGUAAUGGUGCUGGCUGGGAGUUAUUGCAGGCAAUGCUGAAUCCUGACUUCCGGAAUCGGCCAAUUGCAGAAGCUGUGGCCAACCACCGGUUCUUGACCGGUGCUCUCCUUUGAGUCUCUUAGUAGGAAUGGAACUGUCAAAGUAUGAUUAUUUCUUGGAAAUUUGUAUUCUAAGACCAAGGAAUGUGCUAAUUUCAGCCAAAUGGUAUUUUCUAUUUGUAGCAUCAUCUUGAUAUCGAAAACAUACGGUAUGCUUUGAUUGUAUCUGUUAUGUUUCUGAGAGCACCUCUUUGCGGUUU